CCCCUGUGCAUCUUCACAUGGCGAUGGUUGUGAUGGAUAUGCCCCUUUUCUCUAGCCGAAUGGGCCGACUACAAAAUCUUGUGGGUGGCCCAUAUUGAUCCUGUAUCUGGACUGCCAGAAUAAGGGUCUCGAGUUCUCGGCGGUCUUCUCCGGAUGCCUGCCUACCGAUCGUGACGGAGUUACACGAUGGCCCGCCUCGGCAUAAUUACAUGCCUUGUCAGCUUUUUUCUUGGAACCUUUUUUGUGAUCCAACUCCUCUCCAACCCCGGUGUCUCGCAGCAGCGAAGAUGGCUCAGGUUCCCCUCGAGCCAAAGGGCUGGCAGGGCACGGUAUGGUGACAUCGAUGACGAUGUGUAUCUACUCGGCGUGGGAAAGGCCGACAUUACUGGGCCUGUCGCCGAGAUCAUCUUCAUGGGCUAUGCGAAUUCGGAGCAAGUCGGCUCCGGACUUCGCCAGAGGCUCUAUUCCCGCGCUUUCAUCGUUGGAAGCCGCGAGAAUCCAGAAAAUAGAUUUGUGUAUAUCGUCUUGGAUACCGUCGCUGGUGAUACAGCCAUCAGGGACGGAAUCCUGAAGGGCCUUGCCGAGCUUGGCGGCGAGUACGUCCACUAUGGUCAGCACAACCUGGCCCUGACUGGAACACACUCGCAUGCAGGCCCUGGAGCGUGGUUGAACUCAUUGAUCCCGCAGAUAAGCACUAACGGGUUCAACAAAGAGAGCUAUCAAGCCAUCGUUGAUGGUACGAUCCUCUCAAUCAAAAGAGCACAUGAAUCCUUGGCCCCUGGGCGACUGAGCUUCGCGUCGGGCCAGCUUGACAAUACCAGUAUCAACAGAAGUCCGUUCGCAUAUCUCGCAAAUCCAGAGGAGGAGCGGGCUCGAUAUAAUGGAGACACCGAAAAGCAAUUCUCGCUCCUAAGAUUUGACCGUGAAGAAGACGACAAGACAAUUGGCGUGCUCACGUUCUAUUCGGUGCACGGGACCUCGCUGUACCGAAACAAUACUCUUGUAUCAGGUGAUAACAAGGGAGUCGCUUCCUACCUCUUCGAACGCGGCGUGCGACAUGAUCACAGGUUUGCGAAAGACUUCGUUGCUGGAUUUUCUCAAUCAUCCGUUGGAGAUGUCUCGCCAAACAUCGAGGGCGCAUUUUGCGAGGACACUGGGCUUCCCUGCAAAUUCGAGGACAGUACAUGCAAUGGAAAAGCGGUUCUAUGCCACGGACGUGGGCCCUUCUUCCGUGAGAAGGACGAGGGUUCAAAGAGCUGCUUCGAAAUUGGUCGGCGCCAGUUUUUCGCUGCCCUGAAUCUUUAUGGUAAGAUGGAUCGGCAGACCGUCCGGGGAUCGUCUGCAGUCUCUUCGUUCCACACAUUCCAAGACUUUUCCAAAUACAAGUUCAUCUCACCGUUCAACAAGAGCAGAGAAUUGACCUCUUGCUCUGCUGCCCUUGGUUUUGCUUUUGCUGGUGGAACUACCGACGGGCCGGGGUACUUUGAUUUCACCCAAAAUGGCACAGACUCUCCAAGCACGAGAAAUCCGCUCUGGAACUUUGCCAGAGACCUUCUCCAUCCGCCAACUAAACAGCAGAAGGAGUGCCACAGCCCAAAGAAAAUUCUCCUGGACGUGGGCGAGCUUCACUUCCCUUACCAAUGGACGCCAAAUAUUGUGGACAUCCAGCUUCUCCGCGUUGGUCAGGUGGUCAUCAUCGUAUCCUCCGGGGAAGUCUCGACGAUGGCUGGUCGUCGCUGGAGGGAAGCUGUGGCGAAAACCGCCAAACAUGCUCUCGAUAUCUCAGAACCCAUCGUUCUCUUGGGCGGCCCAGCAAACACCUAUGUCCAUUAUAUCACCACUGAAGAGGAAUACGGCAUCCAACGCUACGAGGGUGCCUCGACUCUCCACGGCCCACACACGCUUGCGGCUCAUGUAAAUCUAACCCUCACUUAUCUCCCCAAUCUUGCAGAAGACGCGACCUCUUUGCCACCUGUUCCACCAGGCCCGAGCCCUGAGGUCAACACCAAUCGAUCGAUGUCUUUUAUCCUUCCCGUCGUCCUGGAUACACCACCGAUCCAGAAGAACUUCGGAGACGUGCUUUCGGGCCCAUCUUCAGACCAGGUGUUCCGGCCCGGUGAUAUCGUUAAAACUAAGUUCGUGGCUGCCAAUCCACGGAAUAACUUCCGACUUGAAGGCACUUUUGCCGCCGUUGAACGGCAGACCGGCCGGAACACAUGGGAGGUUGUCCGUGACGAUUCGGACUGGAAUUUGGUGUACCACUGGGGACGCAAGAGCCCUGGACUCAGCUCCAGUGCGGUUACCAUCGAAUGGGAAAUUGAGAACGACUAUUACUCUAUCGGCUCUCCGAGGGUCCAGAGCGGCACCUACCGCAUGAUAUACUAUGGAGAUGCGAAAGGUUGGGAUGGAAAGAUUCGUGGAUUCAAGGGAACUGGUCCAAGCUUCAAAGUUUCUGCUUAA